GGAUUAACGAUUGGAUUCACAGCUUGCAAAAGUUGGGGUUCGUAGCGCGAGUCAUGGAAGGUGAUGGAACUCUCUGAAGCAUCGGAGCUGGCCAUCUCCAGCCCACUUUGGCCUCUCUUUUCCCCCUCCAGGCUUUAAUAACUUCCCUCUCUCGUCACCCCUUUGGUCGCCUAUCAUUUGUCCCUACUUCCGUCUUCUCCGUUUAUACCAGCGUUUCUACAAUACCCUUCUCUAUCCCCACAACCAUGGCUGAAUCCCAGCGUCGUUUUCGCGUCUUCUUUGACAUCCAAAUCGGCCAGCAGAAAGCCGGUCGCGUUGCUCUUGAAUUGUUCAAUGAUGUCGUCCCCAAGACCGCAGAGAAUUUCCGAGCACUUUGUACUGGCGAGAAGGGAGAAGGAAACCAGGGCAAGCCCCUGCAUUUCAAGGCUAUUCAGAAACCUAACCAGUAUCUCCUGUUAGGUUCGAUCUUCCACCGAGUUAUCAAGCAAUUCAUGAUUCAGGGUGGUGACUUCACUGCUUUCAACGGCACUGGCGGCGAGUCGAUCUAUGGCGAAAAGUUCCCCGACGAGAAUUUCGAGCUGAAGCAUGACCGUCCCUUCCUCCUUUCCAUGGCUAACUCUGGCCCCGGCACAAACGGCAGCCAGUUCUUCAUUACUACCGUUCCUACUCCUCACCUAGACGGCAAACAUGUGGUUUUUGGUGAAGUGCUCAACGGCAAGAGCGUGGUCCGCAAGAUCGAGAAUUUGCCAACUCAGGCCGACAAGCCUCAAUCUGACGUGACCAUCGUGGACUGUGGUGAACUUACCGGGGACGAAUAUGAAAAUGCGGACAAGCAGGUUCCCGAUGCUACCGGUGACCCAUACGAGGACUUCCCCGAUGACCACCAGGGAGAGGAGCUGAGUGCUCCAGUGUGCUUCAAGAUUGCUUCGGAGCUGAAGAAUUUCGGAAACACGGCUUUUAAGAGCGGCGACAUCAACUUGGGUCUUGAGAAGUACCAGAAGGGUCUACGCUAUCUCAAUGAAUUUCCGGAGCCGGAGGAGGGAGAUCCCAAGGAACUGGAGGCUCAGAUCAAGUCUCUGCGAUUCACCCUCCACUCGAAUUCUUCUCUUCUCGCAAACAAAUUGGGCCAGUUCAAGAACGCGAAAACCUGGGCUACGUACGCCUUGGAAGUUGCCGGUGCUGCUAGCGCAAAGGAUGCGGACAAAGCGAAGGUCUACUAUCGCCGCGCGGUGGCUCAUACCGGACUCAAGGAAGAAGAUGAUGCUCUGAAGGACCUGGAGGCGGCUUCCAGCCUGGCUCCUAGCGAUGCCGCGAUCUCGGCCGAGACUGCUAGAGUCAAGAAGGCCAUCAAAACCAGAGAGGCUCAGGAGAAGGCCACUGCUCGGAAGUUCUUCUCAUAGACAAAAUUUCUGUGGUUAUGAUUCAUGAAUCUUUCUCAUUCCCCACAUCCUCCAGCGCCAGUUAUUUGCAUAGAAAGUGACGAUGUUCUCGGCUCCGAAAAUGGGCCUCGCAAUUCUGCUUUCUCCCGUAUCUGGGCAUGUGUGGUUUCAGUGUUCCCAAGCCUUUUACAGAACUUAGUUCGAUAGCAUGGAGAAAUAGGCGCACAGUGUUACUUCUUGUACCGUCCGUUACAUAGUGAUAUGUAGCCAAGGUUCUAAGCAAUAUAAGAAUAUCUCCUUGCAUAUGGCAGUACUAUAUCAGACCAUACCAAUGGAUUCUCUAGAGGUGGGUAUGAUCCCUCAGUGUU